AUGGUGGUGGGCUUGGGGUCUUCAUUUGCUGCAGCUCGGAGCAUCGUAGACCACGCCAGGGGCAGCCGGUGCGGGCCAGAGGUGUCUGUGUCAGCCGCACAGCUGGGGCGAGCCACGGGGGCUGCGGUCAGGCUUGGGGCGAAAAUCGAAGGUGUAGGCACAGGGGAAUGGUGCACAACGUCCAGCUGCCGUCAAUUGAUUGCAUUUGAGCUGCCAGCCGCCUGCCCGAGCCCCGGAGAUGGACACCCGAGAGAAAGCAGCCCGUUCAUUAACAAUGUGGAGGUGGACAGGGAGAGUGUCUUUGAAAGAAAGAACAUGGCGCUGUUUGAGGAGGAAAUGGACAGCAACCCCAUGGUGUCCUCACUCCUCAAUAAGCUGGCCAACUACACCAACCUGAGCCAGGGCGCCGUGGAGCACGAGGAGGGCGAGGACAGCAGGAGGCACGAGGUCAAGGGCCCGCGCAUGGGCACCUUCAUCGGCGUCUACCUGCCCUGCCUCCAGAACAUUCUCGGCGUGAUCCUCUUCCUGCGCCUGACAUGGAUUGUGGGGGCGGCCGGCGUCCUGGAGUCCUUCCUCAUCGUGUCCAUGUGUUGCACCUGUACGAUGCUGACCGCCAUCUCCAUGAGCGCGAUCGCGACCAACGGUGUGGUCCCAGCUGGAGGCUCUUACUACAUGAUAUCGCGGUCUCUGGGGCCCGAGUUCGGAGGGGCUGUGGGCCUCUGCUUCUAUCUCGGCACAACGUUCGCAGGGGCCAUGUAUAUUUUGGGGACCAUUGAGAUUUUUUUGACCUACAUCUCCCCGAGUGCGUCCAUCAUCCAGGCCGAGAUGGUGGACGGCGAGGCGGCAGCCCUGUUGCACAACAUGCGUGUGUACGGAACGUGCACGCUGGUCUUCAUGGCCAUGGUGGUCUUCGUGGGCGUCAAGUACGUCAACAAGCUGGCCCUGGUGUUCCUGGCCUGUGUGGUGCUGUCCAUCCUCGCCAUCUAUGCUGGCGUGAUCAAGACCGCCUUUGACCCCCCAGACAUCCCAGUCUGUCUGCUGGGGAACCGCACGCUAUCAAGACGCAGCUUCGACAUCUGUGCCAAAGUCAGCACCGUCAACAACAGUACGACCACCACUGCGCUCUGGGGCCUUUUCUGCAACAGCUCCAUGCCCAGUGCUACCUGUGAUGAGUACUUUGCCCAGAACAACGUCACAGAGAUUCAGGGCAUCCCCGGUGUGGCCAGUGGUGUCCUCCUGGAUAACCUGUGGAGUACGUAUGCGGAGAAGGGGGCAUUUGUGGAGAAGAAGGGUGUGUCCUCAGUGCCCGUGCCGGAGGAGAGCAGAGCCAGCGGGCUGCCUUACGUCCUCACUGACAUCAUGACCUACUUCACCAUGCUGCUUGGCAUCUACUUCCCCUCAGUGACCGGUAUCAUGGCGGGAUCAAACCGAUCUGGGGACCUCAAGGACGCCCAGAAGUCGAUCCCCACUGGGACCAUCAUGGCCAUUGUGACCACGUCUUUUAUUUACCUCUCCUGCAUCGUGCUUUUUGGGGCCUGCAUCGAGGGCGUGAUCUUACGAGAUAAGUUUGGGGAGGCCCUGCAGGGGAACCUUGUCAUUGGCAUGCUGGCUUGGCCGUCCCCCUGGGUCAUUGUCAUUGGCUCCUUCUUCUCGACCUGUGGUGCUGGCCUGCAGAGCCUGACCGGGGCGCCGCGCCUGCUGCAGGCCAUCGCUCGAGACGGCAUCAUCCCCUUCCUCCAGGUGUUCGGCCAUGGGAAGGCCAACGGGGAGCCCACGUGGGCCCUGCUGCUCACAGCCCUCAUCUGUGAGACCGGCAUCCUCAUCGCCUCCCUGGACAGUGUGGCCCCCAUCCUCUCCAUGUUCUUCCUCAUGUGCUACAUGUUUGUGAACCUGGCUUGCGCUGUGCAGACCCUGCUGCGCACGCCCAACUGGCGUCCACGCUUCAAGUACUACCACUGGACGCUGUCCUUCCUUGGCAUGAGCCUGUGCCUGGCCCUGAUGUUCAUCUGCUCCUGGUACUACGCCCUCUGCGCCAUGCUCAUAGCCGGCUGCAUCUACAAGUACAUCGAGUACCGAGGGGCCGAGAAGGAGUGGGGCGAUGGCAUCAGGGGGCUGUCUCUGAAUGCCGCCCGCUAUGCCCUGCUGCACGUGGAGCAAAGCCCCCCCCACACCAAGAACUGGAGGCCCCAGGUGCUGGUGAUGCUGAACCUGGAUGCAGAGCAGCACGUGAAGCACCCCCGCCUCCUGUCCUUCACCACGCAGCUCAAGGCCGGCAAGGGGCUGACCAUCGUGGGCUCCGUGCUGGAGGGGACCUACCUGGACAAGCGUGUGGAGGCCCAGCAGGCCGAGGAGAACAUCCGGUCUCUGAUGGGCGCAGAGAAGACCAAAGGCUUCUGCCAGCUGGUGGUGUCCUCCAACCUGCGGGACGGCAUGUCCCACCUGAUCCAGUCAGCCGGCCUGGGGGGCAUGAAGCACAACACGGUGCUCAUGGCCUGGCCUGCGUCCUGGAAGCAGGAGGACAACCCUUUCUCCUGGAAGAACUUUGUCGACACCGUCCGUGACACCACGGCAGCACAUCAGGCCCUCCUGGUGGCCAAAAACGUGGACCUGUUUCCACAAAACCAGGAGCGGUUCAGCGACGGGAACAUCGACGUGUGGUGGAUCGUGCACGACGGGGGCCUCCUCAUGCUGCUGCCCUUCCUGCUGCGGCAGCAUAAGGUGUGGAGGAAGUGCCGGAUGCGCAUCUUUACGGUGGCCCAGGUGGACGACAACAGCAUCCAGAUGAAGAAGGACCUGCAGGUGUUCCUGUACCACCUCAGGAUCAGUGCGGAGGUGGAGGUGGUGGAGAUGGUUGAAAACGACAUCUCAGCGUUCACGUACGAGAAGACGCUGAUGAUGGAGCAGAGGUCCCAGAUGCUGAAGCAGAUGCAGCUGUCGAAGACGGAGCGGGAGAGGGAGGCUCAGCUCAUCCAUGACAGGAACACCGCCUCCCAUUCUGCGGUGGCCAGCAGGACCCGAGCCCCAUCCACGCCGGACAGGGUGCAGAUGACCUGGACGAAGGAGAAGCUGAUCGCUGAGAAGUCCAAGAACAGAGAGUCCAGUGUGUCCGGGUUCAAAGAUCUCUUCACCCUGAAGCCGAACCAGGGCAACGUCAGGAGGAUGCACACGGCCGUGAAGCUCAACGGCGUCCUGCUCACCAAGUCCCAGGACGCCCAGCUGGUGCUGCUCAACAUGCCAGGGCCCCCCAAAAGCCAGCAGGGGGACGAGAACUAUAUGGAGUUCCUUGAGGUCCUGACCGAGGGGCUCAACAGGGUCCUCCUGGUCAGGGGCAGCGGCCGGGAGGUGAUCACCAUCUACUCCUAACGCUCGGCUUCCCCGGGCACGUGCUGGGCUGGCAUGGGGAUGGUGC